AUGGACCGUUCGUUUCCAGUCAGCCCCUUCCACCUGGCUCAGAUGCCAACUGACCAGCGGGAGCUCGAGCACACUGUGUUGGUACAAACGAGACCCUCCGAUGAUGGGAUGUUCCAAGUGAAGCCAUUGCAGCCAUACAAUCCCUGCUCCCCGGCGGAGCUCUGGGCAGCAUCCAGAUCGGCUCCGCAAAUGAAAUUCUAUCACUGUCCCGGGGAUAGUGACCUUUGGCGUGCUAUUCCCGAGCCAUACGAACCUUCUUCUCGGAUAUCGUGCGGCCCGGAUUCUACUUACUUCGCGCCGGUCUAUAUGGACUCCCACCCCAUUUCGAUUCCGAUGAUCUCGUCUCCUACCGCCAUAGGGCCCCAGAGCCCCGGCCUGAGACAAGAGGCGUGUGAUGGUUCUCUCGAGAGGGUGUCUGACGCUUGUGCUCCAUGGAUGGGGUCACGGUCUUCACACUCCGGUUAUCACGAUCAGCUUAAAAUGGAAGAAUCCGAUUCAAUGGCCCAUAUUAAUGCAACACCCCGCACUUCUCCUUCUCCCAUCUCCAUCUCCUCUUACCAUUCUUCCCCUCAGCCUUACAGUGCUUCAAGUCCGGUUACCGUCAAUAUGAAGACCAGUGCUUCGCCUCAGACGACCUCUGAUUAUGGCGGGAGUGAGGAUGAUAAUCACACCGAUCCCCCUUACUCUCAGCUCAUCUGGCAGGCCUUGAUGGAUCAACCUGACAGGCGGCUCCCGUUGCAGAAGAUCUAUGAGUGGUUUGAAAAGAACACCGGGAAGGGCCGAGAUCAAACUCAAAAAGGAUGGCAAAAUAGCAUACGGCACAAUCUUUCGAUGAACGCUGGCUUUAUCGCUGUUCGAGACGGUAGCCCUGGAGGAAAGCGAACCAUGAAUUACUGGUGUCUCACAGAGGAGGCCAUUCAAAACGGCAUACAGUCGACCACGCGUUACCGUAGGGACAUUAAAGGCCGCAAGCCAUCCAAUACUACGGAAGCACCCAUUCCUAACCACCCCGAACCAGGGCGACGGGGUGAACGCCCUGGCCGAAGGAGCAAGCCCAGGUCCUCCCACCAAGACAACCGACGACCCACCCCACUACACCGACCAGAAACGCUGGCUAGUUGUGUUCAGCCACGGCCAAUCACGGAAGCUGGUGCUGGCGCCUUCCCGCAAAGCCUGCCCCCGGGUUAUCCUGCACCACCCAUGGACUUGACCGGUGCUCACUGGCCGUCGAACACCUACGUGCAGACCUUUGGCUUCAACGACGUGAUAAGCUGCACCACCCCCCCGCACAUCCCAGACCAGAUGCACCAAUACGGGGCCAACCCGAGCUCAGACGGCUCUUCAUUCCACUACCAAAAUUCAGGAUGGAAUUAG